GACUCCCACCUGGCGCCACAAGGGAUCUACCUGCGCGCCUUCUGCACCGGCCUCGACGCCGUCCUGCAGCCCUACCGGCAAGCCCUGCUGGACUUGGAGCAAGAGUUCUUGGCUGAUCCUCACCUGACUAUUUCACAUGUGAACUAUUCCUUGGACCAGUUCCAGCUCCUUUUUCCUUCGUUGAUGGUUGUGGUGGAACAGAUCAAGACUCAGAAGAUUCAUGGCUGUCAGAUCCUGGAGAUCAUUCACCAAUACAGCCGUGGCGGCUUGCCACCUGUGCGAAGCGCCCUAGAACAGGUCCUGGCCAUGUGCCAUGCCGUCCUGUACAAACAGCUCUCAGCCUGGAUGCUGCACGGGCUACUCCUGGACCAGCAUGAGGAGUUCUUCAUCAAGCAGGGUCCUUCUUCAGGGAGUGUCCCUUCUCAACCUGACGAGGAGGAGGAGGAUCUGGGCAUUGGAGGGCUGACAGGGAAACAACUACGAGAGUUGCAGGAUAUGCGGCUGAUUGAAGAAGAAAACAUGCUGGCCCCUUCUCCAAAGCAGUUCUCUCUGCGGAUAGAAAUGCUGCCUUCCUACAUUCCCGUGCGUGUUGCUGAGAAAAUUCUCUUUGUGGGAGAGUCUGUACAGAUGUUUGAGAGUCAGAAUGUGAGCCUGACAAAAAAAGGGUCCAUCUUGAAGAACCAGGAGGACACCUUUGCUGCAGAAUUGCAUCGCCUCAAACAGCAGCCCAUCUUCAACCUGGUGGACUUUGAGUCUGUGGUUGACUGGAUCCGGAGCACUGUGGCUGAGCACUUAUGGAAGCUGAUGGUAGAAGAAUCAGACCUCAUAGGGCAGUUGAAGAUUAUUAAAGAUUUUUAUCUCUUGGGCAGAGGAGAGCUAUUUCAGGCUUUCAUUGACACCGCACAGCAUAUGCUGAAGACGCCUCCCAGUGCAGUGACCGAGCACGAUGUCAAUGUGGCUUUCCAGCAGUCAGCCCACAAAGUAUUAUUGGAUGACGACAACCUCCUUCCUCUCCUUCAUCUGACUAUCCACUACCAUGGAAAGGAGCACCGAGAUGUUGCUCAAGCUCGUGAAACCCCUUCUCGAGAAUUAUCCCCCCAUGAAUCUCCCACAUCUGGCUGGGCUGCACUAGGACUCCACUACAAGGUGCAGUGGCCUCUACAUAUCCUCUUCACGCCCGCUGUGCUGGAGAAAUACAACGUGGUGUUCAAGUACCUGCUGAGCGUGCGGCGAGUCCAGGCUGAGCUGCAGCAUUGCUGGGCUCUGCAGAUGCAGGGCAAGGGCCUGGAAUCCAGCCGGACAGGCGCGGUCAAGUGGCAGAUGCGGCAUCACAUGACUUUCCUUGUGGACAAUCUGCAGUAUUACUUGCAGGUGGAUGUCCUCGAGUCUCAGUUUGCACAGCUCCUGCACCAGAUCAAUUCCACCCGUGACUUUGAGAGCAUACGGCUGGCACACGACCACUUCCUGAGCAACCUCCUGGCCCAGUCCUUCAUCUUGCUGAAACCAGCUUUCCACUGUCUGAAUGAAAUCCUGGAUCUCUGCCAUAGCUUCUGCUCAUUGGUUAGUCAGAACCUAGGGCCACUGGAUGAGCGGGGGACCACCCAGCUGAGCAUCCUGGCCAAGGGUUUCAGCAGCCAGUCUUCACUUCUGUUCAAGAUUCUCUCCAGUGUUCACAACCACCAGAUAAACUCAGACUUGGCUCAGUUACUGUUACGCUUGGAUUACAACAAGUAUUACACGCAGGCUGGAGGCACCUUGGGCAGCGUGGGGCUGGACUGA